AAACAUUUCGCGGGCACGUUCAGCGCGCACGACAGGAAAGGCAACCUUUUCCGUGAUGGCCGAGGUUGUGGCGAGGUGCUCGUGAAUUCUCCGCGAUACAUCAGGGAUUUGUAUGUUAGAAUGACCAUGAUUUCCAAAACCGCGGUCGGCAUUGCCGUUGGCAUCGCCGGGAUCUUCGUCGGCUACUGCUUCUACUUCGACCAAAAGCGUCGCAGCGAUCCGGAUUUCAAAAAGAAGCUCCGCGAACGUAGGAAAGCCAAGAAGCAGGCGCAGAAGGCUUCGUCGAAGAUACCAGAUUUGAGGGAUCAUGAAUUAGUGCAGAAGUUCUUCUUGCAAGAGGUACAACUUGGGGAGGAGUUACUGGCCACUGGCAAUGUUGAGGAAGGGGUCGAGCAUCUGGCUAACGCAGUGGCGGUCUGUGGACAGCCGGCCCAGCUGUUGACGGUUCUCCAGAAGACUCUGCCGCCACCAAUUUUCCAGACUCUGGUGCAGCGACUGCCCCUCGUUGGCCAGAAAAUAGUGUCGCAAACUCAAAUGGCGGAAGAGGACGUUGAGUAGAGGGAUAUGAAGUUUCGUUGGCAAAUAUUAAAAUCUGAAAUUAGUAAAGAGUCAUGCUCAUUUUUGCACAGUACGAGUGCGAAUAUAGCUUACAUCUAAAAAAAUUCUACAAUUGUACAAUUUGUCGUUCCGUGUUGAACUUCCAUCUUGGUAGAUGUAUGUACCAAUCGUAAGGAAUUGUUACAAAUAUUCAGUAUUUUAUUUUGUUAUAAGCGGAUCUUUAUAUCCGUUUAUUGAAAUAAAAUGAAUUUUAAUUGAACAACGAUUCUGACCAUUUUUGACGGAAAGUUUACAGAAUCAAUACAAUAUUUACGUGUAUAUUCUGAUACCAAAUCAAGAUUUAAUUUCUCUGCAGUGUUGAGUGCAGUAUUGUAAGUUCUAGAAAAAUACAAAGAUCUCCACAGUUUACAUAAGGCUCUAAAUAUUUCCAUGAAAAGUAUAUUCGAUACAAAAUCUGGCGCGUUAAUAAAACAUUUGUAAUUUUAAUAAUUAGAUAAAUAACAAGGACUCUCAUUAAUGAAAUUAACAAGUGACAAGUAAACGGGACUCAAGAAAAAUGUGGUUUCAAAAUAUUUUCCGCGAGAAAAUCCAAAUAAAAUUUGUUUAAUGAUCAUUUAUAGCUUUAUAUCAAAAUCAAAAUAAUCAACGUGAGCAAAAGGAAAAGUGGUCACUUCUCCACGAUCGGUGAUCUGCACAUCGUUAACCGCGUUGAAUUCUGAAAGCCGUUUUCUGUGUUACCUGUUACUUGUUAAUUUGUAAUUUUAAUGGAUUUACAAUCUGAUAAAAUAUAAUGGUUCUGUCAUACUAUUUUGCAGUGACUCACUCUUCUUUAUAUUCAUUUUAUAUUCUGAGAAAAGUGAAAUUUAUCCUUAAGCCCACGUUUCUUCAUCUAUCCUAUGUUCACCAAUAUUUUCUAAUUCCAAAAAGACGUUUCGAUGUUUCAUGUAUAUUAUAUAUAUGUAAUUGUUUUGUUGUACAUAAAAGUUAAACAAGUUAUUAUAAAAUUAACGUUUUAUCGAAACAUGAUAAAUUUCUAAGCAGAUUACGUACAGCUAAUACUUUAGUCUGAUUCCGAACACAUAUGUGACGUAUAUGUUCAGGGAAUUGACGCUAAUAAAAUUAGUAAUAUUUAUUA